CAAAACAUCUUGUAAAGUGUUCUAUUCAAUAUAAAGAUAAAAAACCACAAUUUACUAUUCAGUUUGGAUUAAAUUUAUCAAUAAAAGUUCAAUCUUUUAAAUCUGCAACUGAUGUAGCAUGUCAAUAUUAUAAG